GCGCACUCACUGCUGCUUCUAUCUCUCUGGGGCAGGGAGCCUCCCGGCUCUGCGCUGCGCGGAGGUCCGUGGAGGUCGCAUGUGGAGGGCCAUGUACCAGCUGCAGGCAGCGGGCCACAGCUGGGACCUCAGAACCUUCCUCUGUGCAUUGGACCCAGAUGGCACCUGCACUGGGCAUGGCCACCAAUACCCAAUGAACUGAAAGUAUCCACUCUGGUCCCUGUCCCUUGCAAGACGGUGUCAUCUGUUGUCCUUCAGUGACCUUGAAGAAAGCAGCCAGGCAAGACCAAAAGCAGCUUGGUUCCCAGAGAAGAUCCUGGGGCACAGCCUGGUGGAGGGCAGCCCAGACUCUGCAGCACACUGGCUUCAUCAGGGACAGUGCAUACCUCUUGCAAGAACUCUGAGCCAGAAGGCCCCUCCCAGGCCCAUAUCCCUGGGUUCCCUGGGGCAGCUCCUUCCAGGUGGUGUUGGACCUCCUCAGGCACAGGCACAAGGAAGAGCUGCCAGUCAGGCGGGUCAGGGUGGAAUGUCAGGCUUUGCCUGGCUUGCCCGCAGCCUGUGCCCACAGAAGCUACAGCCCACUAGCUUACCUACCAGGGGCCCCACAGUGAGGAAGAGGUCACAGCAGGGCCAGGGAUACAUCCUAGUCCAUGUCGGGCUAGAAAUGGGGCAAUAGCAGCUUCAGGGCCAUCCAGGCCUAAGCACCGAGGAGCUGGACCAUGGAGAGCUUCAUGGAGUCACUGAAUAGACUGAAGGACAUCCAUGAGACUGAGGUCCUGGGUCUGCAGAACAAGCUUCUGGAACUGAAUGCAGAGCGGUGCCGUGAUGCCCAGAGAGUAGAGGAGCUCUGUGGCAAGAACCAGCAGCUCAGGGAGCAGCAGAAGGUGCUGAAGGAUAACAUCCGGGUGCUGGAGAACAGGUUGAGGGCCGGGCUGUGUGACCGCUGCAUGGUGACUCAGGAGCUGGCCCGGAAGAAGCAGCAGGAGUUUGAGAGCUCCCUGCUUCAGAGUCUGCAGCAUGUCUUCAUCCUCACCAAUGAGAUGAACCGACUGCAGGAGGAAAAUGAAGCCCUGAAGAAGGAGGUGAAGCAGCUUCAGACCUCAGGUGAUGGGCCCAAGCCCCCGUGCAAGGAGGGUGCCUCGGACCCCCCUUCGCCCCUGCUACUCCCCUCUCCAGGCACCUGGAAGGCCAUCACGGAGAAGCCACCAGAAACCCAUGAGGAAGCUGAGGAUGACAAACCAGAAAAGUCGACUGGAUACAGGACAUCUCCUGGGACCAAAAUCUCCCCAGGUGCCAACCUGCCUGAGCCUCGGGCCCCAGACAUGAGCCCACAGAGAAUCUCCAACCAGCUGCACGGGACCAUUGCUGUGGUGCGACCGGGCUCGUGGGCCUGCCCUGCUGACCGAGUCUCUGCCAAUGGGACACCCCCACUGCUGCCUGCCAGAAGCAGCCCCCCCAGCCCACAAUACGAGCACUGCCUGUCCCUGGACAGCUUCCUUCGGGCCUCCCGCCCCGCCGUAGUGACCUACGAGGCCCUGAAGCGCUCUGUCCAGGCCGAUCGCCUCAGUCUCCUGAACCACCACCUCUCUCUGCGCCUCCGGAGCUCACACAGCAGCCCCCGAGCUGCAGCCACCAACAUGCCUGGUGGCCCCCAGUCCCAGAGCCUAAAGGUUGGGGAGACAGAGGCCUGGGAAGAACCAGCCAGCCUUCCUGGCACCCUGGUGGACAUACGGAACACUCAGCUGGAAGGAGCACUUCACCUGCUCCUGGCCCAACAGCUCCAGAUGCGGGGGCAGGGGGACAGUGCCAGGCCGAGAGGGCCCCCCUCACAGCCCUCCCCACCAGCUGGCUCUGACUCUGACAGUCCCGAGGGAGAGGCAGCCAGGACAGUCCUGCCUAGAGGGCAGCACCCACAGGCCAGGGUCCUGAGCAGCCCCACAGGAAAAGAAGUCACAGCCACCCUGGACUGUGUCCCAGAUAAGCCCUUGGACCUCUCUGAGUGGGGUCGGGGCCGGGGUGCCCCCAAGCCAGCCAGCAGGCCUGCACCACUUAGUCCCCCAACUGCCUGCACUCCAAGCUCAGAGCCCCCUCUGCAAGCUGAGCAACCUGUCCACUCUGAGCCCCUAACACCCAACCCCCAAACACUUAGCAAUGGCAGCAAGGGGAGCAAAGCACUUGAUCUGGAGGAGCCCCCCACUCCCCAGGGGUCCCCACACUCUCUCCCAGGACCUCAGCCCAGCCUAGCCUCUCCAGAUGGGCUGGAAGAUGAGGACAGAGAGAGGCUGAGGCUGGCCCACAACCUGAAGAGACCUGGUACCAAUGGCCAUACAGAACACGAGACCCAAGGACACCAGUCAGAGUCAGAGGAGUCAGAAGAGCCAGCCACCUUGGACAGUGAGGUGGGGCCAAGUUCCAAAGCUGGUGCCAUGCAGAGCACAUCGGGAGAGAGACCCAGGUGCUUCUGCACCACGGAGCAUGGGCAGGGUCUCCAGCAGAAGAGGAAGCGGGCCGAGGACCCCUGGAGCAAAGGUAGGGCAGCCUCCAAGAAGCCACCCCAAGAAAGAAGAAAUCUAAGAGAUUCCCUGACCACAACCAUGGGGCCUGGGAGCCCGCAGGAGCCUGCGGACAGAAACCUUGCACCUGGAAACAGCAGUUGGGAAGAGACCUAGCAAGGCCUCAGGAAUGCUGCCUGCCCAGGCCAAGCUCCCACUGACCACACAGAAGCCCCACAAAAACUCCCCAGAAGGCGGAGGAAUUAGUCCCCACCCACAUCCAGAUGGCUGAUGAAGGCUGAGAAGGAGGGUCUACAGCUGGUCUUCUGAGCCCCACAAUUCUACCCACCCCAGCAAUGGUGGGUUACCUUGCAACCCCACCUUCCAGUGCUGUCAGGGUCUGGAGUCCAGAGAGGCAGGAAUGGCUCAGACUCCAGCGCAGCCCCUACCCCAGCCACAGGCACUGGAGACACUACAGCCCACCCCCACUUCCCUCACCUCCUCAUCCCCUCCCACUGCCAACAACCAUCCCAUCUAAGACCCCUCUGGCAUCCCAAACUCCCAGGCGCUGAGCUCCUCUGCUGCUACCCCAUCACCUUUGCCCUGAGCCGUGGUCUCGGGUGCCCUCUUGUGGAACCCCACAAAUAGGCACUUGUCAGGUGCUGGAAGGAGGGUUAGUCUGGAAGUAAGUCCCAGAGAAAUUCCUAGAGCCUGGAGAAUGGUGAUAAAGAGGGAUGGCAUGUGACUGGCAGGCCAGGGAGCAGCCGACCUCCACCUGCCUGGGCAGCUGACUUAAGGCUCUAGAAUGUACCCUGGGACGGGGAGGGGGCCACUCCCUUCAAGGCACCAGUCUAACUUGCAGGGUUUCACAGAGAUCAGGACUGGAGGGGGAUAAGGGGUAGAGGUGGCACACAGGGAACAGAACAGACUGCACAGCAGUUUCCACAGAUCAUCUCCUCACUGAACUGAGUCCAGUCAUCUGCAGAACUACAGAGCAGCUUGUCCAGCUCCCAUCCCCUGAGCUGCCACUUUCAAAGGAGGCCCUGUUUCCAAGUACCCCCGUGGAAGGGGCUCCAACAGACUUAUGUGCCCCAUCCUGAGCCCCAGAAUCCUGGGGGUGAGUCUGGGAAGCUCCAGGGACAACUGCUCUGUGCGUAAAGGUUAAGGACUGCCACUGCCCAGGGAAAUGCAGAACAUGGCGACACUGAGCUGGGGCAGGGGGAGGUCUGAGGUGAGCUGGGGUUACAGGCCUAAUGGGGAUCAGAGUCCCCCACCUUGUUCAUUCUGGCCUAUCUGCCUGGUGUCCUAGGAGGCCAGAAGGUCUGCAGACACCUAUCACAUAGAGAUGAGAAAUUGUACUCAUGUGUCAACAACCUUACCAUAAACUAUUCGUCCCCAAUAAAAUGAUUUAAAAAUA